AUGUUGCUGGCCAUCUGGAUGUCGAUGGCAUCCGCUGAAGCAUUGUUCAUUCAUUCGCAUGUCCACCCCCCCCCCCCCGACACAAGGCCACGUGCCGAGGUUGAAAGCGGGUCUUUGGAAGAUGCAGCUUUCAAUGAGCCGUGGACUCAUGAUAACCGCAGGACGGCUGUUGAUGACUCAAUGAUUUAUCGGAUCAAAUCUCGGGCUGAAGAGUCCGCUAUAAGAGCAGGUUCUUCAAAUCCUUUACCUCGCCUCACACCUUUGAGCGAUGCUCACUUUAACGUCCCCUUCUUCGUGUACGACGAAGUUGAUUGGAUGUCCACAAAGUGCGACGGUAUCACCAUUUCCGGUCAAGAGAACGAUUAUCAUAAACACAGCGAUGAUUUCUGGUUUUUGAAAGCUGCUUUGAACCAUGGGAUGCGAACGAAGGAUCCUAAGAAAGCAAGGUUGUUUGUGGUUCCGGCAUUGUUGAAUCUUGCAGUGGAACAAUCGGUUUGGAGUCGCAGGCAGUGUUGCGUUGGGGGAUUGUGUAAUUUGGAUUUCUUCCAACACGCAAACGACAUGCUCAAUGAGUCGAUCUGGUUUAAACGGAAUGAGGGGAAGGACCACGUGGUCGUGUGCUCACAUUAUGCUUGCCUCAAUCACCUUGUUCUGUUUGAGAACCUCGUGAAAUGUAAUUCUAUUUCGUUCGAGGAGAAUAGCAUGCGGCAGGAACGCUGCCGAAUAGCAGGCACAUACGUUGGUCAGAGAUGCGAGCACAUGCCAAAACAAUCAAUGUUUACUUUGAUCGCGUCCAUGCAUCGACGGCGACCUAACUUUCAAUCAAGGAGAGAUAUAUGCAAAUGGUUCCCGCAUCUUGUUUCAGUUAAUCAAACCUACAACGUCUCAAUCUGCGGCGCUGGAAGGCAGUGCCCAUCCUUGGCGCAAGCUCGAUUUAGCCCCCACGUUCGUGGCGACACUUGGGGAUCCAGCCGCUUAAUUGACAUCGUGCUCAGCGGCGCAGUGCCGAUGUUCACCAACACAAUACAAUAUCAAAUCCUGCCUCCAUUUGUACCUUGGGAAAGCAUCUCCACGCAAAUCGAUGUUUCCGACAGGCAGAGAUUCGAAUUAUCAGUACAGAACAGCGUGCCGCUUUAUGAUGGAUUGAAACAAAAAGUUGACAAACAUGCACAUCACCUUGAUUGGGAGACGCCCGCUCCUUUUGAGCAGUACAUGUGGCUUUUUCAGCAGUGCAUUCGAUGA